AGGAGGACACUGUGAUGGUGGGAGGAGACAUUAAUGGUGGGAGGAGGACACUGUGAUGGUGGGAGGAGACAGUAAUGGUGGGAGGAGGACACUGUGAGGGUGGGAGGAGGACACUGUGAUGGUGGGAGGAGACAUUAAUGGUGGGAGGAGGACACUGUGAUGGUGGGAGGAGACAGUAAUGGUGGGAGGAGGACACUGUGAUGGUGGGAGGAGGACACUGUGAGGGUGGGAGGAGGACACAGGGAGGGUGGGAGGAGGACACUGUGAUGGUGGGAGGAGACAUUAAUGGUGGGAGGAGGACACUGUGAUGGUGGGAGGAGACAGUAAUGGUGGGAGGAGGAGACAGUAAUGCUGGGAGGAGGACACUGUGAUGGUGGGAGGAGACAGUAAUGGUGGGAGAAGGACACUGUGAUGGUGGGAGGAGACAGUAAUGGUGGGAGAAGGGAACAUUGUGAUGGUGGGAGGAGACAGUAAUGGUGGGAGGAGGACACUGUGAUGGUGGGAGGAGACAGUAAUGGUGGGAGGAGGACACUGUGAUGGUGGGAGGAGACAGUAAUGGUGGGAGGAGGACACUGUGAUGGUGGGAGGAGGACAUUGUGAGGGUGGGAGGAGGACAUAGGGAGGGUGGGAGGAGGACACUGUGAUGGUGGGAGGAGACAUUAAUGGUGGGAGGAGGACACUGUGAUGGUGGGAGGAGGACACUGUGAUGGUGGGAGGAGGACACUGUAAGGGUGGGAGGAGGACACAGGGAGGGUGGGAGGAGGACACUGUGAUGGUGGGAGGAGACAUUAAUGGUGGGAGGAGGACACAGGGAGGGUGGGAGGAGGACACUGUGAUGGUGGGAGGAGGACACAGGGAGGGUGAUGAGCGCUGGCUGUGAUGCAGUAGGACUUACGCGGUUCCGUGGAGCGCGUGCUCUCGCGCAGUGGGAACAGAGAAGAGGGAUGGUGCGGCCGCGCGCUGCUCGUGCACAGCAUCAUCCCCGGCACAGUGGAAGGAUGAGAGAGACACGGCGCUGACGCGGAGCGCCCGUCCCUUUUCUCUGUCUCUCUCAGUGUCUCUCUCAGUGUCUCUCUCUGCGUCCCGCGUCCCUUCCCGCAUCAGGAUUUACCUCUGCGCGCGGGACUAAACUCUGUCACACCGCUAUGAUUUUUGCGGACAUGAGCGCGGGGACGAGCGCCCCGAAGAUGCACCCGCCCAACGGCACGCGCUUUUACACCUAUCAGGAGUUUGCAGCCCUGACAAAAGAGCUGAAUGCAUGUCGAGAACAGCUGCUGGAGAAAGAGGAGGAGAUCUCAGAGCUCAAGGCUGAGAGGAACAACACCAGGCUGCUGCUGGAGCAUUUGGAGUGUUUGGUAUCUCGACACGAGCGCUCUCUCCGGAUGACGGUGGUAAAGCGGCAGGCUCAGUCUCCAUCAGGAGUCUCCAGCGAGGUGGAAGUUCUCAAAGCUCUCAAAUCCCUGUUUGAGCACCACAAAGCUCUGGAUGAGAAGGUAAGAGAGAGGCUACGUGUGUCACUGGAAAGAGUCUCCGCCUUGGAGGAGGAGCUAACUGCUGCCAAUCAGGAGAUCGUUGCCUUACGAGAACAAAAUGCACACAUUCAGAGAAAAGUGGCAUCAGGUGAAGGAGCUGAGGACCUGCUGGAAGGAGAUGCACAGAAGGUCCUUGGGAAGCGCUUGUCGAAUGGCUCAAUGGAGUCCGGAGACGAGGCGAGUCAGGUGGUGGAGCUGCAGGAACUCCUGGAGAAACAGAAUUAUGAACUGACCCAGAUGAAGGAGAGGAUGUCGUCUCUGUCGUCUCGCGUCUCAGAGGUGGAGCAGGAGCUGGAGACGGCACGCAAAGAUCUCAUCAAGAGUGAAGAGAUGAACACCAAGUAUCAGAGAGACAUCAAAGAGGCCAUGUGUCAGAAGGAGGACAUGGAGGAGAGAAUUGUAACUCUGGAGAAGCGGUACCUCAGCGCUCAGAGAGAGUCCACAUCACUUCAUGACAUCAGUGACAAACUGGAGAACGAGCUGGCCAAUAAGGAGGCUUUUCUUCGACAGAUGGAGGAGAAGAACAGGCAGCUGCAGGAGAGGUUGGAGUUGGCUGAACAGAAGCUGCAGCAGACGAUGAGGAAAGCGGAAACUCUGCCGGAGGUGGAGGCAGAACUUGCACAGAGAAUAGCAGCACUCACCAAGGCAGAGGAAAGACAUGGCAGCAUUGAGGAACGAAUGAGGCACCUGGAAGGGCAGCUGGAGGAGAAGAACCAGGAACUAUUACGGGCACGUCAGAGAGAGAAGAUGAACGAGGAACACAACAAGCGUUUAUCAGACACGGUGGAUCGUCUCCUGACCGAAUCAAACGAGCGACUGCAGCUCCACCUGAAGGAGAGGAUGGCUGCUCUGGAGGAAAAGAAUGUGUUAAUACAAGAUUCGGAGAAUUACAGGAAGCAGCUGGAAGACUUCAUUCACGAGAAGUCCCAGUUGGCAGAGGAAAUGGAGAAAAUGAGGGUUGAACUCGAUCAGUUCAGGCUGAGGGCAGAGCCAACACUGUCCCGGUCUCAUCUGGACGCCUCGUCAGAUCUGCGUUAUUCUCUCGGAUCACUCGCUGAUUCUCAGUCUGAUUAUCGCUCCACUAAAGUGAUGCACCGGACAAGACGAGGACGAGUGGGACUGAGAAGAGACGAACAGAAGGCGAAGUCUCUGGGAGAGCACGAGUGGCGCUCGCAGCAGCUGGGCGUGUUGGGCUCGCACCCGUUCGAGAGUGACACCGAGAUGUCGGACAUCGACGACGACGAUCGCGAGACGCUGUUUAGCUCCAUGGAUCUGCUGUCACCCAGCGGACACUCAGACGCUCAGACCCUCGCCAUGAUGCUGCAGGAACAACUCGACGCCAUCAACAAGGAGAUACGGCUAAUUCAGGAGGAGAAGGAGUGUACGGAGCAGCGGGCAGAGGAGAUCGAGCACCGCGUAGCCAGCGUGAGUUUAGAGGGACUGAAUCUGGCACGUUCUCUCAUCACCGCCUCGGCAACAGCGUCAUCGCUCACAUCAUCUUCACCACCCAGUGGACAAUCGUCCCCCAAACACACACCCCGCAGCCCCGCCCGUGACAUGGAGCGCAUGGGGGUCAUGACCCUGCCCAGUGACCUGCGCAAACAUCGGAGAAAGAUCGCAGCUGUGGAUGAGGACGGCCGAGAGGAUAAAGCCACUAUAAAGUGUGAGACGUCUCCGCCUCCAACGCCUCGUCAAGUCCGCAUGACACACACACUGCCUGCUUCCUCUCACAACGACGCACGUCUGGCUGCAGCAUUAGAAGCUGAGGCAGCUAUGAGCAGUGUAGCAAGCAGUCAGGACUCACUCCAUAAACAACCGAAGAAGAAAGGCAUCAAAUCGUCCAUUGGUCGCUUGUUUGGCAAAAAGGAGAAAGGACGACUGGGCCACAUGGGGAAAGAGAUGAUGGGACCAGGACCAGGAGUUUCAGAUGUGGAGUUUCUUGCUCAGGAAAUGGCUGUGGGGAAACUUGGCACUCAGGCUGAGAAAGACCGCCGCAUAAAGAAGAACGGGCAUGAGUUGCUGGAGGAGGCGAGGAGGAAAGGAUUGCCUUUCGCCCAGUGGGAUGGUCCUACUGUUGUCGCAUGGCUGGAGCUGUGGUUAGGAAUGCCAGCAUGGUAUGUAGCGGCGUGUCGAGCGAACGUAAAGAGCGGCGCCAUCAUGUCGGCUCUGUCCGAUACCGAGAUCCAGCGUGAGAUUGGAAUCAGUAACCCGCUGCACCGCCUCAAACUUCGCCUGGCCAUUCAGGAAAUGGUGUCACUGACCAGCCCCUCAGCCCCGCCCACUUCUCGAACUCCAUCAGGCAAUGUGUGGGUGACACAUGAGGAGAUGGAAACACUCGCAGCUCCAUCUAAAACGAAGUCAGAGUCUGAAGAAGGGAGCUGGUCUCAGACGUUAGCGUAUGGAGAUAUGAAUCAUGAGUGGAUAGGUAAUGAGUGGCUCCCCAGUCUCGGCCUACCUCAGUAUCGCAGCUACUUCAUGGAGUGUCUGGUGGACGCCAGAAUGCUGGACCACCUGACCAAGAAGGACCUCCGUGUUCAUCUCAAAAUGGUGGACAGCUUCCACAGGACGAGUCUUCAGUAUGGAAUCAUGUGUCUGAAAAAGCUCAACUAUGACCGCAAGGAGCUGGAGAGACGACGAGAGAGCAGUCAGCAUGAGAUGAGAGAUGUGCUGGUGUGGAAUAAUGAGCGUGUGAUCCGUUGGGUUCAGAGUAUCGGUCUCCGUGACUACGCAAACAUCCUUUUAGAGAGCGGAGUUCACGGUGCACUGAUCGCCCUCGACGACAACCGACUACACCAGCCUCGCUUUAUUACUGCAGAUCCUAAUCAAAACACUCAGGCUCGUCAGAUUCUGGAGAGAGAAUAUAACAACCUGCUGGCCCUGGGCACAGAGAGACGUCUAGAUGAGGACUUCCGUGGUCCGGCAUGGAGACGACAGUUUCCCCCACGUGAUAUUCAUGGGAUCAGUAUGAUGCCCGGAUCAGCAGAGACACUGCCGGCUGGGUUUCGCCUCACAACAUCAGCACACACACACCGAAUUCCAGCAGACGUCGGACCGUCAGCAGUACAGAGGUUGGACAGUUCCACUGUGAGGACAUACUCAUGCUGAGAGAGGGAGAACAGUCGAGUGUGAAGGUGAUGUCGGAGAGGAACAGAGAUCUGCUCACACACACUGCCAAGAGAACACACGUCGCCCGGAUAGGCGGGGCCAAACUGUAAAGCACCAUGGUGCUGUCCUGCCCCACCCCCUGUCCUGCCUCCUGCCCCGCCCUCUCUCCACAUCAGAGUAACUGUACAGGAUUAUAGAUACAAUUUUAUAUACAAAUCUCUAUCAUCUACAGACACACUGCUGUAUACAACACUGACUUCAUCUCUUCAUGUCACGGUUUGAUUUUCACACACACACACACACACACACACACACACACACACACACACACACACACACACACACACAAAACUCAAACUGCCAUGCUCGGUGUGUUAGAAGGCAUAAAUAUGAAUGUGUGAAGGGGUAAGAGGUUAAACACUGCUGCUUCAAGAAACCACAUGCUGUUAGAGUUUUCAAUUCCAUGUGCACUACUACAAACUUUUUUAGUUCUUAUAAAUAAAAUAUAAUAAUUAUUAACCAAUAAAAUCCAGUGCUUUGUCCAGUGUAGAAAGAGCAUUAUCGUCUGCUUUAACAUAUCUUUUUUUUAUUUAAAAUACUUAAGAUUUUAUUUUAUUAUUUGACUAUGAAUGAGUUUAUAAUGUUUUACUGCCACGGACUGAGUGAUUAGUAAUUGCUAUAUGUUUAUAUCACAUCUAAAUUUUGUUCCACAUUUGUUUCUAACUCUAAGGAUUUCUGACCCCUUUUGAUUUUCAUAAGCCACAAUCCACUGUCACCUAACAUUCUGAUUCUAACCUUCUAAAUCUAGUUCAAGUCUCACAAACAGAAAUCAUUACUGUUGUUUCAGGUGUUCCACAGGGCUCUGUUCUGGACCCAUUUAAUUUUUAUUACAUACAUUACCCAGACAUCAUGUUGUAAUGUUCGAAAGUUAUAAUGUGACAUUGGUGUUCAUUUAUACUGUUCCUAUGAUACCUACAUUAAUAUGCAGUCACUCUACACCCCAGCUGUAAGGUUCUUGUCAAGCUAGUAAAGAAAGUGGUGUACAGUAAAUAUAAUUACCCAGACUAAAACAAUGACAAUAAACUUAAACAACAAGGAAGUAACAUUACAGGAGUAAAUAAGUAACAUUACUGAAGUUUAGCUUGCAUUAUUAGUAUUCAAGCUAGUAAAACAAAUUAAUCACUAAAUCAGGUAAAGUUAAACUAAUAGUAGUGUAGAAGCUGAACAAGAGUCUAACCCUAAGAUUAGUAUUGGAAGAUUAUAUUACAAAAACAGGUAGUAAAUUUAAACCCUAAACCCUAACCCCCUAAACAUUAUUCUAACCAUAAACCUAAACCUAUAGAAACUAGUAGUCUAGUUGACCAAUAGCUGCAUUACUGUAAAAAAAAAAAAAGUCUAGACCUAAUGUCAACCUAACCCUAACAUUAAACCCCUCCAACUUCAACCCUCAAUCUGACCCUAACCCUAAACCAACCCAACAUUAACCACAACCUCACCCAAUCCUAACUUCACCCUAAACCUAACCCGAACUUCAAUCCUAAAUCUAACCCAACCCUAACCCUAACUUCAGCCCUAAACCUAACCAAACCCUAACCCCAACUUUACCGCUAAACCUAAUCCAACCUUAACCCUUACUUCACUCCUAAAUAAAACCCAACCCUAAACCUAUACCUAAUUUUAACAUCAACCCUAACCCUAAACCUAACCUUAACUUCAACCCCAAACCUAACCUAAUCCUAAACCUCCCCCUAAUCCUAACUUAAACCCUAACCCUAGAAAGGACAGAAGGAAAUUCAGUGAGUGAGGUGAGAUUAUUAUACCUAUUGUAAGAAUGAACAUCAGGUUCAUUAGACUGCACUCUGUUAUUAACAUAGAUGCAUUGAUUAUAAUUAAAUGCACCCCUGUAGUGCAAAACCUGAACUUUAGAUUAAAUUGCAAUACUUUCAGUCCAUAUCUGUAAUAUAGCUGAUUUUCUUCAUUAAGAAAAGCACAAAAGCUGCAGAAAACUUUGAUGUUGAACAUGGCUUAUGGCACUAAAGUACUUAAACAUUCCAAAGCCUUAGAAAAACAUGAAUUAUUGUAAUCGUAGUGUACAAACUGUAAGAUUUGUUCAGAAAAUUUGUAUCGCUUCAUAAUUUAGAAACGCAGGUCUGAAGUGGGAAUGAAUCAUUCGAAGCAGUUGAUUUGAUUUAGGGAUGUUUUUGAUCCGAUACUAUAGACAUGAUAUGAUACGAUACAGUAUAGUGCAAUCUGAAAUUGUAUGUUAUGAUACAUUGCUAUGCGAUUCAGUAUGAUGCGAUAUGAUAUGAAAAAGUACAUUGCGAUACAAUACUGCAUGAUGUGAUACGAUACAAUAAUAUACCAUACAUUUCAAUGGGAUGCAUCGUAUCGUACCAUAUGGAAUCGUAUUGUGAUACGAUUCCAUGGAUUUCAGUACUGAUCAGUUUAAACAGUGUUAACUCGAGGCAAGUGAGAGGCCACACCCCCUUUCUGGGACUUGAUGCACAAUCUAAGAGCACAUCCUUUUCACAGGGACUCGCAGGAAAUAAGGCCACACUCAUUUCAUUUCACUGGUGCUGACAGGUCAAGGCCACGCCCGUUUUUACAUUUUAGUCUUAAAUGGGUGGGAAAACCCAUGCCCUGUUUAUACUUUUUGGGCAAAGGCCACGCCCCAUUUCACCAGGUCUAAUAAGGUCAUGCUUCUGUGGAUUUAUAAAAAAAAAAAAAAAACAGUUUGUAGUAGUGCACUCAGACUGUUGGCUUUAGAAAGAGUCCCAUCCCAUUGCUGUCAAUCAUUUCUCAUCGGCCAAUCAGCCGGCUUCAGCGUCAAGCUCUUGGCUAAGAGAAAUAACUACAAGACAGGCGUAGCUGCUAGUGAAAAAAAAGUGUGUAUCGACUCGUCCAAGUCCAGAUUUAUUGUUUUUUUUUGGGUUGUUUUUUUAAAUGAUGAACCUGUUGCUUGCUGUGAAUUAUUUUAUGAUUUGGGUGUGAAGAUGUGUGAAUAUUUCUGUAGGCGUGGCCUGGGUGACCUCAUGUACAGAACCUUUUUCCUGUCUUCGAGUUAUUUCUGCACGUUCCAGAGAAUCAUUUGUAUUUAUUUUGUGUCCAUUUUUUUUUAUUUAUUACUGAUUGUAUUUUGGUCAAAACUAUGUGGUGAUCAAAAAAUAUAUUGUCAAUAAAAAGUACAGUAUACAAAAAACACAUGCUGCUGUGGAGUUUAUUUUGAGUAGAGCUGAUCUUAGCUUGAGUGUGUGAAGUAUAGCAAAAAGUAGAGCGAACACAGCUAGCAAAUCGAGAGCCAAGCUACAAAACAGUAACAGUACUAAAGCAGGUAAGAAAAAAGCUACAGUAAGUUAAGCUACCUUUAUAAAAAAUAGCAUAGCAAAGUAAUUCAUUGGAUAAUAAUGCUAAGAUACACUUUAUGUACAAAAGCUUUUUGUACACAUGACCAUUAGAUUGGUAUGUGCUUCUUUUUAAAUGUAACAUUCCACAUUUAGCUCCCAUUAACUGUUAUAAUGAGCUCCACUGUUCUGGGAAGAUGUUCCACAAGAUUUUGU